AUGCACAGAGCUCAGCACCAGCAACUACGUGAUGCGGCUAAAUAUCAAAUACAUUUAGAAGCGCUGCGGCAAUCCCGUCCGCUGCCACACAUUCCCGCCGGUACGACGUUGCUGCCUGACGCAGAGUUGCAAUGCCAAGAUGGCGUUUCGCUGCACACACACAGUCAAGGUCACAGUUCAGCCACAUCUGGCUUUGAGUCUGCUCAUCGUUGGACAUCCAAAGAAAAUCUACUAGCACCAGGUCCCGAAGAGGACGAUCCACAAUUGUUUGUAGCAUUAUAUGAUUUUCAGGCUGGUGGUGAGAAUCAGUUGAGUCUAAAAAAAGGUGAACAGGUGCGUAUUUUGUCAUACAACAAAUCGGGCGAAUGGUGUGAAGCACACUCAGACUCGGGCAAUGUCGGUUGGGUACCCUCGAACUAUGUGACGCCACUCAACUCGCUAGAGAAACACUCUUGGUAUCAUGGGCCCAUAUCGCGCAAUGCAGCCGAAUAUUUGCUCAGCUCAGGCAUCAAUGGUAGUUUUUUGGUACGCGAAAGUGAAAGUUCACCCGGCCAGCGCAGCAUUAGUUUGAGAUACGAAGGGCGCGUGUACCACUAUCGCAUCUCAGAGGAUCCGGAUGGUAAAGUUUUUGUCACAGCGGAAGCCAAAUUUAAUACCCUCGCCGAACUAGUGCAUCAUCAUAGUGUACAACACGAAGGGCACGGGUUGAUUACGCCAUUACUUUACCCGGCGCCCAAACAAAAUAAACCGACCGUUUUCCCACUCAGUCCCGAACCGGACGAGUGGGAAAUCUGCCGUACGGACAUUGUGAUGAAGCAUAAGUUGGGCGGCGGCCAGUACGGCGAAGUGUACGAGGCUGUUUGGAAGCGUUACGGCAAUACGGUGGCUGUAAAAACAUUGAAGGAGGAUACAAUGGCACUAAAAGACUUCCUCGAAGAGGCGGCUAUAAUGAAAGAGAUGAAACAUCCAAAUCUGGUGCAACUAAUUGGUGUUUGCACGCGUGAACCGCCCUUUUACAUUAUCACUGAAUUUAUGUCGCACGGCAAUCUUUUGGAUUUUCUGCGUUCGCCUGCCCGCGAAACUCUAGACGCUGUGGCAUUGCUCUACAUGGCCACACAGAUUGCCUCCGGUAUGAGUUAUCUGGAAUCGCGUAAUUACAUUCAUCGCGACUUAGCGGCACGCAAUUGUCUUGUGGGCGAUAAUAAACUCGUGAAAGUUGCUGAUUUCGGUUUGGCGCGACUUAUGCGCGAUGACACAUACACAGCGCAUGCUGGUGCCAAGUUUCCCAUUAAGUGGACCGCUCCGGAGGGUUUGGCGUACAAUAAAUUCAGCACAAAAUCAGAUGUAUGGGCAUUUGGCGUUUUGCUCUGGGAGAUCGCCACAUAUGGCGCAUCACCAUAUCCCAAUAUUGAUCUCACCGAUGUAUUUCAUAAGCUUGAGAAAGGCUAUCGAAUGGAGAGGCCGCCAGGUUGCCCACCGGAAGUUUACGAUUUGAUGCGCCAGUGUUGGCAUUGGAAUGCGUCGGAUCGGCCGACAUUCAAGAGCAUACAUCAUGCAUUGGAGCAUAUGUUUCAGGAAUCAUCGAUUACUGAGGCGGUCGCAAAACAAUUGAAUGCCACAACGAUGACCCAGAGUCUAACGCCACAAAUGGGUAAAAAGGGUAUACCAGCGAAUGGUGGUGGUGGUGGAGGCGGAGGCGGAGGCGGCGGCAGCGGUGGAGGUGGAGGCGGAUUAACACCGAGCGGCGGGCUGCUAGAUCAACCACCAGCAGGCACUCCAAUGUCGGAAACUGGUUCUACAUCCACAAAGUUGAGCACUUUUUCCAGUCAAGGCAAAGGCAAUGUGCAAAUGCGCCGCACCACCAACAAGCAAGGCAAACAAGCACCUGCGCCACCCAAGCGAACGAGUUUACUAUCGACCAGCCGCGAUUCUACAUAUCGUGAGGAUGAUGCGCGCAACCUCAUUGACGAUCACAAUACAAAUGGUAGUAGCAUCUUUUUCAACCUACAGCAACAACUCCAAAAACAACUGCAAAAGCAAACUCCAAUACAACCACAACCACAACCAUCUAAUGUUGUACAACCCAGUACCCCAACCAAUAACACUAAUAAACGUUGCAAAACGAAUUCUUAUACUUUGUGUACUACACCACCUUCUCCCCAAUAUUCUAUAAAGAAAUCAUCCUCUUGCAGUAGUUUCCUAAUCGAUAUACUUUUUCGAGGUAUUUCACACCUGAGCAUAACGCGCGAUAUCAACAGUCUGGCACAGCGCUACGAUUCUGAAAACGAUAAUACAACUGGUGAUCCCGACACAGAUGCUACCGGUGAUAGUUUGGAAUGCCAGAAUAUACCUAGCCAAAGCAAGGUGCAACAUUCGCUGCAUGGCGGUUGUAUUGGGCCACGAUCCAGCCAACAACAUAGCUCAUUCAAACGACCUACGCCAGUUAUGGGCAAUCGUGGUCUCGAAACGCGCCAAAGUAAACGCUCUCAACACCAACAGCAACAGCAUGCUCCUCGUGAUAGCAGUGCAGGCGGUUGCACCUCACAUCACGUUACAGUUGGCGCACUUGAGGUGAAGAAUGUGAAGUGCGUAGUGAAUCGGUAUGGCACUUUGCCAAAAGUACAACGCAUAGGCGCAUUCCUGAAUAGCCUUGAAGAUCCGAAUACGCCACCGCAGCACAGUAUCGCUACCCAUUUAACUACAGUUGCUCCGGUCACCACAAAUGGCCAUGGUAGUGCACAUGCUGCGACACGCCAACAAGUCCCACCGGCUCAUGUGUUGCCAAUACCGCCACCGACUAAGUCAGCAAACGUCACGCCUGGAAAUAAUGGUAACGGCGUGAAUGCACCCACACCGCCUCAGCAAAUGAUACGUAGCAAUUCCUCGAGCGGUGUUACUAUGCAAAACAGCGCAUCUGCGAGCUUGAAUAAACUACAGCGCCAUCGUACUGCUGCUGAUGGAACAAUGAUGACGUUUUCCUCAUUUCGGGGCGCCUCUUCCAGCAAUUCGCCAAAACGUAGUCAACAGCCGGCAUUAGCCAAUUUGGAAUUUCCUCCUCCACCACUAGAUUUGCCGCCACCACCGGAGGAAUUCGAGACACCACCGCCACCACCACCACCAGCACCGGAAGUGCUGGAACAGCUGAAGGCGGCAAACGUAUCUAUGUCGCAAUAUCCAUUGCCGAACAGCAGUAAUAAUGAUGUCUCGAAUAUUGCGCCCAGUGUUGAGGAAGCCAGCUCACGGUUCGGUGUAUCGCUACGUAAACGUGAACCGUCGACAGACUCGUGUAGCUCAUUGGGGUCACCACCGGAAGUAGUUGGCAACGCUGGCGGCAACGUUCAAGAGCUCAACAUGAAGGAGAAAUUGAUGGCAGAGAUAAAAGAUCGUUCCAAAGAGAAUUCGGCCAACAAUGCGAACAUACAAAAUGGCACCACCGUUCCAGCGUCUGCUGGCAGUGGCGUUGAUCCCGUAUCCUUACUGUUCACCGAGUUGGCCGAGAUGAAUUUGUCGAAGCAAAAGUCAAUACCAACACCAAAAAGUUUAAGUGGCGGUAAUAGCGGCAGCGAUGCAAGCGGAUCGCAAGCUCAAGAGAAUGGCAAUACAAACUCAUUUAAGGCGCAGCUAAAAAAGGUUGAACCAAAAAAAUUAACAUCACCUACACAAAAGACCGAAAACCAAACGACGAUCAUCGACUUUAAAGCGCAUUUACGAAAAGUUGAAAAAGACCCGAAAGAUAAAAAAGACAUGGGGGCAGAUGAAACGCCCAAAAUUAAUAUGCAAAAGGGCCAAGCUGUGACAUCUACGGGUACGCUAGGCCGCAAGGGUGAUAAGAAAUUCACCACAUCAAUGACAAUGGCGCCUGUUGGGACGUCAGCAACACAACAAAAGACUGAAAAUACAAAACAUGAUAUGACAAAUAGCAAUAACGGAAAUUCCAUUAAUCUCACGAAUACAACUAACACAACCUUAAAUACCAAUGGUAAUACUCAACAUAAUGCAACUUCAAAUUUGAGCUGCAACAAUACCGUUAGCGUUUCUGAGAUGGCAGAUAAUUCAGUGGGCACAUCUGAAACCGAGGCUGGGAAACGCCGCAGCACAGGUAGUAUAAGUAGCUUGAAGAAGUUGUGGGAGCAACCGGGCAGCGGCGCUGAUUAUGCAAGCACCCAAUCACAGGCCAACUGUUUAGCAAAUAACGGCAGCACAGGCACGACUACCACCACCACCUCCACAAGCACUAAUCAACUCUCACCCAAAUUCAGUUUGAAGCCCAUAUCGAAUGCUGCAACCACGCCCACUGCAAAUUCAAACCGUUUUCCAUCACUUAGCACUCAAAUCUCGUCACGUACCACUGCCACGACUACCACAAAUUCCAUAGCAAACAAGCCGCCACCGGCAGCACCACCACCGCCACCCCCUACUACCAUCAGCACAAAUAAUCAAAAUCAAAAUUCCAUUUUCAGCAAUUCCCAUUGCACGAAAUCCCAACUAACAUCCUCUCUUUCGACUCAACUAUUCACAGAUAGUAAUCAGUAUGGCGAACAAGGUACUUCAGCCACCACCAACAACACCUCUAAUUCUUCAGGUAAUCACACAGCGGCUAACAACGAAAUUACUUCAAUGACGCAAUCGCUUUUCGUCGAGCAUAGCAGUGUUGCUGCAAAUGCAGGAGGCGCUCUGCUCCAGCAAAACAAUAAAGUGAACACAUCAACCAACUCCACAAGCACAGCUGUGAAUAAUACUUCAAAUGCAAACACUUCCAAUACAAAUAAACCCGCCGUUCCACUCAAACCCACCAAACUGACCAUCUAUGCGACGCCCAUCUCGCAAAAGAUCGCCGCUAGUGCAUUGGAUAGUUCCACAAACUCACCACUCAGUAGCGCGCUACAGAGUUCCACGCAAAUUUCACGUGAGAGCAUACUAGAGCUGGUUGCUGUGCUCGAGGGCUCAUUGCAUCAGCAUCCUGUGAAUUCGAUCUCAGCCUCACAGUGGCUGCAACUUAGCGACAAGCUCAAUAUACUGCAAAAUAAUUGUGUAGUUUUCGCUGACAACGAAUCUAUGCCGCCGCACUCGAAAUUCCAUUUUCGUGAGUUGGUGACACGGGUCGAAACGCAAUCGCAGAAUUUACGCACUGCAGGUAGCAAAAAUGUGCAAGACAACGAGCGGCUGGUCAGCGAGGUGGGUCAGUCGUUGAAGCAAAUAACCAAUGCAUUGCAUAGGUAAAUAUUAUUGAAGCGGGAAACACGGGCGGCAAACAAGGUAAACAGUUACAAUUGUACUGAUGGCGCAGUAACUGAGGAGUUGCCGGCGUGGCGUAGUUGGCUAGACGCCGAAGGAAAUUUCAUCAAGCGCAAAUGAAAACUGCUAAAGUGGAGAAUCAGUGAUGCGUGAUGCGUAUGAAAGCGAGAUGAGUUUAAAGGCUUUAGUUUCCUGCUUAAUGAUGAAAAAUGGUAUAAGCAUAUCAUGUACGUGUAUGUGUGAAGAAACUGUGGGAUUUGAAAUUGCGUGAUGAACACAUUAAUUUGUAUAAAAUCAACAUAUGGGCUAAGGGGAUGAUGACUAAAAGCAUGCCACAAAAAAAAAUUGGAUGUCUCCUUUUGAUUUCAUAGUGUUGAUGAAGCUAAUCUUAAAAAACAAAAAACAAAUAUACGAGUAUAUUUUUAUGCAAAGAAGUACGCAUUAUAAAGGGUGCACUUGAAUGCAUUGGCCCAAACAAUUAGGAAGAUUAAACUUCAAACGAAGCUCAGGGUUCUAAAUCCGAAUAAGAAUGUAUAAUUUGUUUCAUUCAUUGUCACUAGAAAUCACAGUGCGAACUUGUUUUUUAGUGCUCUUGCGUAUACCUUGAAUGUAAAAAAUAUGUAAUCUAGUCAUACAUAAUGAAUCCAAUUUAAAUUGCUGUUAGUUGUAGACUUUCCCUCACACGAAAUCAAGACAUUUUAAACUAUUUGUACUAGUUACUAUCAAUAUGACGGCAAUGAUGCGUGCAAAAACAAAAAACACAAAAAUACAAGGGCGAAAAGUUCAUUAGACUUGCACUAAGUACUCAUUUACCAAAACUAAUUUGAGGGUUAUUCCUUUAUCAU